AUCUGAAGUUAGAGACUUACUAACACAAGUUGGAUUAACUUCCUCAGUUUACUUAUUUUUUACCCAAAUCAAUUGAAAUUGAUGCGAAGCAAGUGAAAAAGAAAGUUCUUGUUAUCCAGCUCAGUAUUCUUGGAAAUCAAAGUCCACUUGUCGUUCCUCAUUAAAACGUUCCCAUAUUUUGGGAUGGAGACGGACUUAUUUUGAAGCCUAAUCAACUUUAAUCAUCAUGCUUCUUCAGAAUGAAAAGUGGUUAUGUUUGAAUCCAGCAUUAAUUCUAAUCUCUGUGUUGGUGAUUUUGUGCCUUUUGUGUCUGAUUUUCAAUUGCUUGAAAUAUGUUUGCGUCUCCUUUCGGUUCCGUUUGCGAACAAUCUGGAACUCUCGAAUUUUCUGGUCGUGUCGACUUCUGCUCCUAAUGCUAAUCUUGUGGACCAAUCUGCUUUCGGUCGCCUCGGUUUCAAUAUGCUAUUUUUGCAUUGAAAAGACCUUGUUUGGUGUCCAAACCGUUUUAUUUGCUACAGUGCCAUAUAUUUUUGUCUCGAUAUUUCAAGCACUUUUGUUAAAGAGAGAUGGAACUGAAUGUAAGAACGAUGACACUCAAAAGUGCAAAAAAAUGAUCGUGUUUGCGAAAGUUGUGUUUGCUCCGAUAUAUCUAAGAUGGAAGUCAUUGCAAUACUUGGACCACAUUUUCAAAGGCGCAUUGGUUAAGGAGUGGCCAUCAAAAGUGGUAAGUGCCACAUGAAGGAUUUUGAGGGAUUGAUUUUUUAAAACCGAAAUAAUUCCUUUUUUUUAUACAUAGAGAGCCUUUUACGACGUACAGCAAUUCAUUGCAACCGUUGAAGUUCUUCCUCAACUUUUAUUGCUAAUAGCAACGUUGUUCAAUCUCUUCAUUUCGGAUUCUUUACCAGCAAAAUACGAAUUCCCAUUUUGGUCCCUUGGCUUUCAAUGUGGAACUUCUAUUACCUUAAUAGUCGUACACGGAACAGUUUUUGAGAUUCAAACUUUGAAGACACAUUUCCAUGUGACACAGUUUCCACUUUGGACCAUGACCGUGUGCAGUUUUAAAAUGUUCUGCAAAUACGUUCUAUCGGUGGCUCUUUUUGGAUCGACCUUUGGCCUUUUCCAUCACACGAUGAAGCAAGAAUGUUGGGCAUACGUGGUAGAGUAUUUGUCCAUUGCUAUACUCGUCGGGUGUCAGUUUAUCGAAAUUUCCAACCAUCUUCCACAAUUUUGUAAGUCAAAAUUGGAGCACCGGGGACCACGAGUUUUGUCAAAAAACAUCGCAAGAAUAGGCUUCCAAUUGACCAUUGAGGCAUCUUCGACGUUAAUGCUCCUCUAUGUGGCCCUAUCAACUUGUUCUAAAGAGGAUGAAACAAAUUUGAAUUGCGAAAAUGGAAGCCGAGCCUUGGUGGCACUCUUCUUAUAUUAUACCUCAGUUUUGUCCGUGGUGCAUCUAACAAUGAAAAUUAUUUUUCGACUUCACGUAUUGAAGGAGAGAAAAAGUUUUUUUGAAUUCAAAUACCCCAAGUAUUCGGAUCUCCAAUCACGACUAGAAAGCUUUCCUGACAGGAAUGAGUGGAAGAACCAUUCAGAACAAAGAGCAAAUGAACCAGGAAAAAAUGUAGCAGACCACAUAACAAAUUGCUCCUUCUAUGAUGAAGUACGAGUAGAUGCUUCAUCAAGGGCAAUACAAGUGAGAAACUUUCAAGCACUAUCAGAGAACUGGCAAUCAAGCGAAUCAUUGGAACAUAAUUGCGGCCAAAAUGAUGGAAUAAUUUCGGACAAGGACAGAUUGAUCAAGGAUGGACAUUUCUUUAGCUCUCGUUGGACUGAUCACAAAUCAUUGGAAUCAACUUGUUUUGAAUGUGGCAAAAUCAAUCAUCCCGAUUUUUCCAAAGUAAACCAACAACCAAAAAAUCCAAAUGACGAAAUUGAAAAAGAAAUGAGUUGGACCACGAGGAGUCUUUCUCAAGGAGGCAAAGACUUUUCAAAUUUUGCUCUUUCUUUUUGUGUAAAAGUCACUGAGGUUGAAGUUACGGAUUCCAAGGAAUCUAUAAUCAACAUGAAAUGCCCUACUUGUGAGCACGAGGAAAAAUACGCAAUAGCAAAAAGAAGCCUCAGACCUUGUGGGUAUUGCGAUAACUCAUCACCCUUGAGCACCAAGCCUGCAUCAAAAUUGUUCAAUCGCAGUUCGUUUCAUCUAAAGGCUCCAGUAUUUCUCCACAACAGAAAUUGUCCUUUCAGAGCUUUGGUUCAAGAACGACUGGCCAACCAUUGCCGUCAUUUUCUGCCUCCCAAUCGCAAUCAAUGGCCUAUUCAGGAUUUCAGAAUCUACGAUGUGGUCAUAGCCUUGUCCAGGUGUUAUGUUAUUUCAAUGUUAGUGCUCUCAUUUCAUUGGGCUGGACCUUUGGUUGGACAACGUUUAUGGGAAAAUUGUUUCAUUUACGGACGAAUUUUGCUUCUACUUUUGUUGUCAAACAUUACUUUGGUCAUGGAUUAUGCCUUGGAUCACCCAAAACCAUCCUUCCUUUUGCUACUGGUUCAGCUCUUCACUGCCAGGGGGAUCACUUUCUUGAAAUAUGUGCCAGACGUCUUGAACAGCUUAUACAUUUUAUAUUUUGGAAUUCUUAGCCUGUUUCUAAUGGGUCAAACUCAAGAUAUAUGUGACUCAAAUGUAAUGUUUCUAUCAAUAGUAUUGGUAUUUUCGGUUGCCUUUAACUUGUUACCAAUCAUAUCCUGUAUUAAAACCGAAUGCGAAAAGAUGCACGAAGUAUAUGACUCAAGCUCUGAAGCGUAGAAUUGUAUUUGCAUGAAUAAAUGUUUAACAACA